AUGGGCCCGCCGCUGGCCCGCCUGGUGGCCGUCUGCCUGGCCCUGUCUGUGGCCGGCAGCUCGGAGUCCCAGCAAGCCGUCCGGAGCCAGAACCACGGCCACAACGUCUGCAGCACCUGGGGCGACUUCCACUACAAGACCUUCGACGGCGACAUCUACCGCUUCCCCGGCCUCUGCGAGUACAACCUGGCGUCCGACUGCAGGGACUCCUACAAGGAGUUCUCCGUGCACCUGAAGCGGGCCGAGAGCCAGGACGGGGGCCUCCCGCAGAUCAAGUCCGUGCUGCUGACCCUCAGGGACGACGCCGUCUACCUCACGAGCCGGCUGGUCGUGGUGAACGGCGCCUUGGUCAGCACCCCGCACUACAGCUCCGGGCUGCUCAUCGAGCGGAACAAGGUCUACACCAAGGUCUACUCCCGCGUCGGGCUCACCCUCAUGUGGGACCAGGAGGACUCGCUCAUGCUGGAGCUGGAGAGCAAAUUCGGGAACAGCACCUGCGGCCUGUGUGGGGACUACAACGGGCUGCAGUCCUACUCCGAGUUCAUCUCCGAAGGCGUGCUCUUCAGCCCCCUGGAGUUCGGGAACAUGCAGAAGGUCAACACGCCGGGGGAGGAGUGCGAGAACCCUGAGGAGGCCACGGAGACCGAUUCCUGCUCCGAGCACCGUGACCAGUGUGAGAGGCUGCUGACCCUCGAGGCCUUCGAGGCCUGCCAGGACCUGGUGUCGCGGGAGCCGUUCGUGAGUGCCUGCGUGCAGGACCAGUGCCGGUGCGCGGCCGGCGACAGCUGCAUCUGCAGCACCGUGGCCGAGUUCUCGCGCCAGUGCUCCCACGCCGGCGGCCGGCCCGGGAACUGGAGGAACGACACGCUGUGCCCCAAGAGCUGCCCCUACAACAUGGUUUACCUGGAGAGCGGCUCGCCCUGCGUGGACAGCUGCUCACACCUGGAGGUCAGCAGGCUGUGUGAGGAGCAUCGCAUGGACGGCUGCUUCUGCCCGGAAGGCACCGUGUACGACGACAUCUCGGGCAGGGGCUGCAUCCCCGCCAGCCAGUGCUCCUGCAGGCUGCACGGGCAGCAGUACGCGCCGGGCCGGGAGGUCUCCAGCGACUGCGAGCAGUGUGUCUGCAGUGCCGGCCGCUGGGAGUGCAAAGAGCUGCCGUGCCCUGGGACCUGUGCCCUGGAGGGAGGUGCCCACAUCACCACCUUCGAUGGGAAAAAGUACACCUUCCACGGGGACUGCUACUACGUCCUGGCCAAGGACGACAACAACAACGGCUCCUACGCCCUCCUGGGCGAGCUGGCGCCCUGCGGCUCCACGGAGCAGCAGACCUGCCUGAAGUCGCUGCUGCUGCUGGCUGACGACCAGAAAAACGUGGUGGCCUUCAGGUCAGACGGCACCGUGCUGCUGAACGAGCUGGAGAUGCAGCUGCCCCACGUGACCGCGAGCUUCUCGGUGCUCCGCCCGUCCUCCAACCACAUCGCCCUGAGCACGGCCUUCGGCCUCCGGCUGCAGGUGCAGCUGGCGCCCGUCAUGCAGCUCUUCCUGACGCUGGACCAGGACGCGCAGGGCCAGGUGCAGGGCCUCUGCGGGAACUUCAACGGCCUGGAAGCGGACGACUUCCAGACGGCGGGCGGGCUGGUGGAGGCCACGGGGGCCGGCUUCGCCAACACCUGGAAGGCCCAGUCGAGCUGUGAGGACAAGGACGACUGGCUGGACGACCCCUGCACCCUGAGCGUGGAGAGCGCCAACUACGCCGAGCACUGGUGCUCCCUUCUAAAGAACACGAAGACAGUCUUCGGCAGGUGCCACGCGGCUGUGGACCCCACCGAGUAUUACAAGAGGUGCAAAUACGACACGUGCAACUGUCAGAACAACGAAGACUGCCUGUGCGCGGCCCUGUCCUCCUACGCACACGCGUGUGCGGCCAGGGGCGUCACGCUGUGGGGCUGGAGGGAGGACGUCUGCAACAGCGACGUGGACUCCUGCUCCAGCUCACAGCUCUUCCUGUACAACCUGACCACCUGCCAGCAGACCUGCCGCGCCCUCUCCGACCCCGACGCCCACUGUCUGCAGGGCUUUGUGCCUGUGGACGGCUGCGGCUGCCCCGACCACACCUUCCUGGACGAGAAGGGCCACUGUGUGUCCCUGGCCAAGUGCUCCUGCUACCACCGUGGCCUCUACCUGGAGGCGGGGGACGUGGUCGUGAGGCAGGACGAGCGAUGCGUCUGCCGGAACGGGAGGCUGCACUGCGCACAGGUCAAGCUGCUCGGGCAGAGCUGUGCGGCCCCGAAGAUCUACAUCGACUGCAACAAUCUGACAGCCCUGGUGGUCACGCAGCCCCGGCCCGUCAGCUGCCAGACGCUGGCCGCCGGCUAUUACCACACCGAGUGCAUCAGCGGCUGCGUGUGCCCCGACGGGCUGAUGGACGACGGCCGUGGCGGCUGCGUGGUGGAGGAGGAGUGCCCCUGCGUCCACAACAGAGACGUGUAUUCCCCCGGGGACAAGAUCACGGUGGACUGCAACAGCUGCACCUGCCAGGGGGGACGCUGGGUGUGCACCCAGUCUGUGUGCCACGGCUCCUGCGCCAUCUACGGGAGUGGCCACUACAUCACCUUUGACGGGAAACACUACGACUUUGACGGACACUGCUCCUACGUGGCUGUCCAGGACUACUGCGGCCAGAACUCCUCGCUGGGCUCCUUCAGUGUCAUCACCGAGAACGUCCCCUGUGGCACCACGGGUGUCACCUGCUCUAAGGCCAUCAAGAUCUUCUUGGGGAGGACAGAGCUGAAGCUGGAAGACAAGCAGCGUGUGGUGAUCCAGCGCGACGUGGGCCACCACGUGGCCUACACCACACGAGAGGUGGGCCAGUACCUGGUGGUGGAGGCCAGCAUUGGCGUCAUCGUCAUCUGGGACAAGAAGACCACUGUCUUUGUCAAGCUGGCUCCAUCCUACCAGGGCGCCGUGUGUGGCCUGUGCGGGAACUUCGACUACCGCUCCAGCAACGACUUCACCACGCGGGACCACAUGGUGGUCAGCAGCGAGCUGGACUUUGGCAACAGCUGGAAAGAGGCCUCCAGCUGCCCAGACGUGAGCAGCGUCCCCGAGCCCUGCAGCCUGAACCCGCACCGCCAGGCCUGGGCCGAGAAGCAGUGCAGCAUCCUCAAGAGCAGCGUGUUCAGCGCCUGCCACAGCAAGGUGGACCCCACGGCCUUCUACGAGGCCUGCGUGCACGACUCGUGCUCCUGCGACACGGGUGGGGACUGCGAGUGCUUCUGCUCCGCCGUGGCCGCCUACGCCCAGGAGUGUACCAAGGAGGGGGCCUGCGUGUUCUGGAGGACGCCGGACCUGUGCCCUGUGUUCUGCGACUACUACAACCCUCCGCACGAGUGUGAGUGGCACUACGAGCCGUGCGGGAACCGCAGCUUCGAGACCUGCAGGACGCUCAACGGCAUCCACUCCAACAUCUCUGUGUCCUACCUGGAGGGCUGCUACCCCCGAUGCCCUAAGGACAGGCCCAUCUAUGACGAGGACCUGAAGAAGUGUGUCUCUGGGGACAAGUGUGGCUGCUACAUGGAAGACACUCGCUACCUACCGGGAGACUCGGUUCCCACCGAGGAGAUCUGCAAGUCUUGCGUGUGCACCAACUCUUCUCACAUCGUCUGCCGGCCCGAAGAAGGGAAGAUUUUCAACUGGACCCAGGAUGGCGUCUUCUGCUACUGGGAGACCUGCGGGCCCAACGGGACGGUGGAGAAGCACUUCAACAUCUGCGCGUCCACCACGACGCGCCCGUCCACCCCGACACGCCCGUCCACCCCGACACGCCCAUCCACCCCGACGGUCUCCACCACAGCCACCCUCGGCAGCAGCACCAGCUUCACCACCACCACCGCCACCCUGACCCCCAGCACAGUGUCAUCAACGACUCAGCAUCUGUGCUGCUUCUGGUCCGAAUGGAUCAACGAGCACCAGCCGGACGGCGGCAGUGACAGUGGUGACCGAGAGACGUUUGAGGGUGUCUGCACGGCUCCCGAGGUCAUCGAGUGCAGGUCGGCCGCAGAGCCCCACCUCAGCUGGGAGGAGCUGGGCCAGAAGGUUCAGUGUGACGUCUCACUUGGCUUCAUCUGCAACAAUGAAGAUCAGUUCGAAAACGAACCAUUUGGAAUCUGCUAUGACUACGAGAUACGUGUGUAUUGCUGUGUGCCGAUGGAUAUCUGCCCUACGUCCACCCCAGCCACCAUGACCACAAGGACCACGCCCAUCCCUCCAACCACCACGCCCAUCCCUCCAACCACCACCCCCAUCCCUCCAACCACCACCACGCACAUCCCUCCAACCACCACGCCCAUCCCUCCAACCACCACCCCCAUCCCUCCAACCACCACUACGCCCAUCCCACCAACCACCACCCCCAUCCCUCCAACCACCACCACGCCCAUCCCUCCAACCACCACCACGCCCAUCCCUCCAACCACCACCACGCCCAUCCCUCCAACCACCACGCCCAUCCCUCCAACCACCACCACGCCCAUCCCUCCAACCACCAGGCCCAUCCCUCCAACCACCACCCCCAUCCCUCCAACCACCACCACGCCCAUCCCUCCAACCACCAGGCCCAUCCCUCCAACCACCACCACGCCCAUCCCUCCAACCACCACGCCCAUCCCUCCAACCACCACCACGCCCAUCCCUCCAACCACCACGCCCAUCCCUCCAACCACCACCCCCAUCCCUCCAACCACCACCACACCCAUCCCUCCAACCACCACCCCCAUCCCUCCAACCACCACCACGCCCAUCCCUCCAACCACCACGCCGAUCCCUCCAACCACCACCCCCAUCCCUCCAACCACCACGCCCAUCCCUCCAACCACCACCACGCCCAUCCCUCCAACCACCACCACGCCCAUCCCUCCAACCACCACCCCCAUCCCUCCAACCACCACCACGCCCAUCCCUCCAACCACUACCCCCAUCCCUCCAACCACCACGCCCAUCCCUCCAACCACCACCCCCAUCCCUCCAACCACCACCACGCCCAUCCCUCCAACCACUACCCCCAUCCCUCCAACCACCACGCCCAUCCCUCCAACCACCACCCCCAUCCCUCCAACCACCACCACGCCCAUCCCUCCAACCACUAGCCCGAUCCCUCCAACCACCACGCCCAUCCCUCCAACCACCACCCCCAUCCCUCCAACCACUAGCCCGAUCCCUCCAACCACCACGCCCAUCCCUCCAACCACCACCCCCAUCCCUCCAACCACCACCACGCCCAUCCCUCCAACCACCACGCCGAUCCCUCCAACCACCACCCCCAUCCCUCCAACCACCACCACGCCCAUCCCUCGAACCACCACCACGCCCAUCCCUCCAACCACCACGCCCAUCCCUCCAACCACUACCCCCAUCCCUCCAACCACCACCACGCCCAUCCCUCCAACCACCACCCCCAUCCCUCCAACCACCACCACGCCCAUCCCUCCAACCACUACCACGCCCAUCCCUCCAACCACCACGACGCCCAUCCCUCCAACCACCACGCCCAUCCCUCCAACCACCACGCCCAUUCCUCCAACCACCACGCCCAUCCCUACAACCACCACCACGCCCAUCCCUCCAACCACCACGCCCAUCCCUCGAACCACCACCACGCCCAUCCCUCCAACCACCACCACGCCCAUCCCUCCAACCACCACCACGCCCAUCCCUCCAACCACCACGCCCAUCCCUCCAACCACCACGCCCAUCCCUCCAACCACCACCACGCCCAUCCCUCCAACCACUACCCCCAUCCCUCCAACCACCACCACGCCCAUCCCUCCAACCACCACCACGCCCAUCCCUCCAACCACCACGCCCAUCCCUCCAACCACCACCACGCCCAUCCCUCCAACCACCACGCCCAUCCCUCCAACCACCACGCCCAUCCCUCCAACCACCACCACCCCCAUCCCUCCAACCACCACGCCCAUCCCUCCAACCACCACGCCCAUCCCUCCAACCACUACCCCCAUCCCUCCAACCGCCACGCCCAUCCCUCCAACCACCACCACGCCCAUCCCUCCAACCACUACCCCCAUCCCUCCAACCACCACGCCGAUCCCUCCAACUACCACCACGCCCAUCCCUCCAACCACUACCCCCAUCCCUCCAACCACCACGCCCAUCUCUCCAACCACCACCACGCCCAUCCCUCCAACCACGACCCCCGUCCCUCCAACCACCACCACGCCCAUCCCUCCAACCACCACCACGCCCAUCCCUCCAACCACCACCCCCAUCCCUCCAACCACCACGCCCAUCCCUCCAACCACCACCACGCCCAUCCCUCCAACCACCACCACGCCCAUCCCUCCAACCACCACCACGCCCAUCCCUCCAACCACCACGCCCAUCCCUCCAACCACCACACCCAUCCCUCCAACCACCACCACCCCCAUCCCUCCAACCACCACGCCCAUCCCUCCAACCACCACCACGCCCAUCCCUCCAACCACCACCCCCAUCCCUCCAACCACCACGCCCAUCCCUCCAACCACCACCACGCCCAUCCCUCCAACCACCACGCCCAUCCCUCCAACCACCACACCCAUCCCUCCAACCACCACCACCCCCAUCCCUCCAACCACCACGCCAAUCCCUCCAACCACCACCACGCCCAUCCCUCCAACCACCACGCCCAUCCCUCCAACCACCACACCCAUCCCUCCAACCACCACCACCCCCAUCCCUCCAACCACCACGCCCAUCCCUCCAACCACCACCACGCCCAUCCCUCCAACCACCACCACGCCCAUCCCUCCAACCACCACCACGCCCAUCCCUCCAACCACCACCCCCAUCCCUCCAACCACCACACCCAUCCCUCCAACCACCACCACACCCAUCCCUCCAACCACUACUACCCCCAUCCUUCCAACCACUACACCCAUCCCUUCACCAACCACUACCCCCAUCCCUCCAACCACCACUACCAUCCCUCCAACCACCACGCCCAUCCCUUCACCAACCACUACCCCCAUCCCUACCACGCCCAUCCCUCCAACCACCACCACGCCCAUCCCUCCAACCACUACCCCCAUCCCUCCAACCACCACCCCCAUCCCUCCAACCACCACCACGCCCAUCCCUCCAACCACCACCCCCAUCCCUCCAACCACCACACCCAUCCCUUCACCAACCACUACCCCCAUCCUUCCAACCACUACACCCAUCCCUUCACCAACCACUACCCCCAUCCCUCCAACCACUACGUCCAUCCCUUCACCAACCACUACCCCCAUCCCUCCAACCACCACUCCAACCACCACGCCCAUCCCUUCACCAACCACUACCCCCAUCCCUCCAACCACCACUCCCAUCCCUCCAACCACUACACCCAUCCCUUCACCAACCACUACCCCCCCCAUCCCUUCACCAACCACUACCCCCAUCCCUCCAACCACCACGCCCAUCCCUUCACCAACCACUACCCCCAUCCCUCCAACCACCACGACACCCAUCCCUUCACGAAAUACUACCCCCAUCCCUCCAACCAACACCCCCAUCCCUCCAACCAACACCACACCCAUCCCUUCACCUACCACCACUCCCAUCCUUGCAACCACCACUCCCAUCCCUUCACCAACCACUACCCCUGUCCCUUCACCAACCACUACCCCCAUCCCUCCAACCAACACCCCCAUCCUUCCAACCACCACCACUCCUAUCCCUUCACCAACCACUACCCCCAUUCCUCCAACCACCACUCCCAUGCUUUCAACCAUCACCACCCCCCACCCUGCAACCAGCACUCCCUUGCCUCCAUCAAGCACCACCCACACCACUUCAGCAUCCUCAAAAACCGUGCCCACUACCACAGAGAGGACUACCUCGGUGACAACCACUACUACGACAUCCACAGCCACACCUACUCCUGAGUCCACCACUCCAUCCACCCCAGUGCCAACAACCACUCCAUGUGUCCUUGACUGCGAAUGGACCGGGUGGCUGGAUUCAGGGAAAACUGACCCUAUGCCAUCAGGUGGAGAUAUAGAAUUGAUUGAAGAUGCUUGUGGAGAAGGCUGGGCAAUUAACAUCUCCUGCAGAGCCACCAUGUACCCCAAUAUUCCGAUCGAACAGCUUGGACAGACCGUGGUGUGUAAUGUCUCAGUGGGGCUGGAGUGCAAAAACGAAGAUCAAAAGCCUGGCGGGACCAUUCCCAUGCCCUACUGCAUCAACUACGCGAUCAACGUGUACUGCUGUAAGUGUGCCAGAACAGUUGCAUACACUACAACCACAGCCACCUCCACCCAGACGCCUGCUACCACCACCACACAGACCCCAUCCACACCUGGUACUACCACCCUAAAUACCUCACCCCCAACACCUGGUACCACCACCACAGCGACCCCACCCCCAGCACCAGGUACCACCACCACAGGGACCUCAUCCCCAACACCUGGUCCCACCACAACAGGGAUCCCAACCCCAACACCUAGUACCACCACGACAGGGACUUCAUCCCCAGCACCUGGUCCCACAACCACAGGGAGCCCAUUCACACCACCUGGAACCACCAGCACAGGGAUACUGACCUCAACAUCUACUACGACCACCACAGGGACCUCAUCCCCAGCUUCUGCUUCCACCACCACAGAGAUCCCAACCUCAGCAUCUGGUGCCACAACCACAGGGAUCUCAUCACCAGUACUUGGUUCCACCAGCACAGGGACCCCAACCACAACACAUGGUACCACCAGCACAGGGAUCCCAAUACCAACACCUGGUACCACCAGCACAGGGAUCCCAACCUCAACACCUGGUACCUCAACCGCAGAGACUUCAUCCUCAGCACCUGGUACCACCAGCACAGGGAUCCCAACACCAACACCUGGUACCACCAGCACAGGGAUCCCAACCUCAACACCUGGUACCACAACCGCGGAGAUCUCAUCCUCAGCACCUGGUACCAGCACUUCAGGGACUCCAUUCACAGCACCUGGUACUACCAGCACAGGGAUCCCAACCUCAACACCUGGUCCCACCACCACUGGGACCUCAUCCCCAGUACCUGGUACCAGCACCACAGGGAUCCCAACACCAAUACCUGGUACCACCAGCAGAGGGAUCCCAACCUCAACACCUAGUACCACCAGCACAGGGACCUCAUCCCCAGCACCUGGUACCACCAGCACAGGGAUCCCAACACCAACACCUGGUACCACCAGCACAGGGAUCCCAACACCAACAGCUGGUACCACCAGCAGAGGGAUCCCAACCUCAACACCUGGUACCACCACCACAGGGACCUCAUCCACAGCACCUGGUACCACCAGCACAGGGAUCCCAACCUCAACACCUGGUACCACAACCGCAGGGACCUCAUCCCCAGCACCUAGUACCAGCACCUCAGGGACCCCAUUCACAGCACCUGGUACUACCAGCACAGGGAUCCCAACCUCAACACCUGGUACCACCACCACAGGGACCUCAUCUUCAGCACCUGGUACCACCAGCAUAGGGACCCCAACCCCAACACCUGGUACCACCACCACAGGGACCCCUACCCAUACUCGAACUCCCACCACCACAAGCACAGUCAUCCCGACCCCUCCAGGCACAGUGCCCACUGCUCAGUCAACCACCCCAAAAUCCCAACCUGAGUCCUCCACCCCACCGACCUCUCAGUCCACCUCUUCCCUUUCCACGGAGUCCACCACUCUUUUGACCAUCUCCUCACCUGCCUCGGAGACCUCUAGCACACCAGUGCCUUCCUCAUCAACGGCACCAACGAUUAUGACGACAGAAGUCCGCACCGCUUCCUCACCUCCAGGAUCUCAGGUCCCCACACCCAGCACCACUGCAGCCCCUCCAGGAACCACCACCCACGGAACUACGACUGGGCUACCUCCACCUGCCUCUGUGUCGACAACCCCUGUGGGGACCCCCACCCGGCCAGCCCUCCCCUCGACCACGACCUCCAGCACCUCCUCCUCCAGGGUGCCCACCCCCACGCUGACAACCAUUCCCAUCCCAUCCACCAUUGUCGAGUGCUGCGUGCUGAAUGAUACCUACUACGCGCCAGGUGAGCUGGUGUACAACGGCACACACGGAGACACGUGCUACUACGUGAACUGCUCACUGAGCUGCACCCUCGAGUUCUACAAUUGGUCAUGCCCAUCCACGCCCUCCCCAACGCCCACGCCCUCUAAGCCAACGCCGACGACUACAUCCUCGAAGCCAACAUCCUCCCCAACGCCCAGCACGCCGGCCACCACCAAGCCCUCUGGGUGCCCUGACUUUGAUCCUCCCAGACAGGAGAACGAGACCUGGAGGCUGUGUGAAUGCUUCAUGGCCACCUGCAAGCAUGACAACACAGUGGAAAUUGUGGAGGUGGAGUGCAAGCCCCCACCCAUGCCCACCUGCUCCAACGGCCUCAAGCCUGUGUCUGUGCUGGACCCCGACGGCUGUUGCUGGCACUGGGAGUGCGACUGCUACUGCACGGGCUGGGGGGACCCGCACUACGUCACCUUCGACGGGCUCUACUACAGCUACCAGGGCAACUGCACCUACGUGCUGGUGGAGGAGAUCACCCCCACGGUGGACAACUUCGGGGUCUACAUUGACAACUACCACUGUGACGUCAACGACAAGGUGUCCUGCCCCCGUACCCUGAUCGUGCGCCAUGAGACCCAGGAGGUGCUGAUGAAGACCGUGCAGAUGGCGCCCAUGGAGGUGCAGGUGCAGGUCAACAAGCAGACGGUGGCGCUGCCGUACAAGAAGUACGGGCUGCAGGUGUACGAGUCGGGCAUCAACUACGUGGUGGACAUCCCCGAGCUGGGCGCCCUGGUCUCCUACAACGGCCUGUCCUUCUCCAUCCGGCUGCCCUACCGACUGUUUGGCAACAACACCCAGGGCCAGUGUGGCACCUGCACCAACACCACCGCGGACGACUGCAUUCUGCCCAGCGGGGAGGUCGUGUCCAGCUGUGAGAUUGCGGCUGACCAGUGGAUAGUGAACGACCCCUCCAAGCCACACUGUCCCCAGCUCAUCUCCACGACCAAGCGCCCGGCCACCACCGUGCCCGGGGGCAGCACCCUGCCCCUCCCCGAAGACUGUGUCAAGUCUCCGCUCUGUGAGCUCAUCAAAGACAGUGUGUUUGUGCCCUGCCACACCCUCGUGGACCCCGAGUUCUACUACAACGCCUGCGUGUUCGACAGCUGCUUCGUGCCCAAUGAGGGCAUGGAGUGCGCCAGUCUGCAGGCCUACGCGGCCCUGUGUGCCCAGCAGGGCGCCUGCAUCGACUGGCGGAACCACACCCAGGGCACCUGCUCUGUGCAGUGCCCAUCUCACAGGGAGUACCGGGCCUGCGGCCCCGAGGAAGAGCCCACCUGCAAGUCCAGCUCCUCCUCGGAGAGCAGCAACAGCACGGUGGAAGGCUGCUUCUGUCCCCAGGGCACCACCAGCUACGCCGCCGGCUACGACGUCUGCGUGGAGACCUGCGGCUGCGUGGGGCCUGACAACGUGCCCAGAGAGUUUGGGGAGAGCUUCGAGUUCGACUGCAAGGCCUGCGUCUGCCUGGAGGGCGGCAGUGGCAUCGUCUGCCAGCCCAGGGAGUGUGGCCAGAGCGCCCCCAGCUUCUGCGAGGAGGACGGCACCUCCCUCGUCACAGAGGUCAACCCCGCCGACACCUGCUGCAACGUCACCUUCUGCAAGUGCAACAGCAGCCUGUGCCAGGAGAAGCCCCCCGUGUGCUCGCUGGGCUUCGAAGUGAAGAGCGAGACCGUGUCCGGGAGGUGCUGCCCCGUGUACUCGUGCGAGCCCAAGGGUGUGUGUGUUCACGAGAAUGCUGAGUAUCAGCCGGGGUCUCCAGUGCACUCCUCCGAGUGCCAGAACUGCGUCUGCACCAAGGACGUGGACAACAGCACCUCCCUCAACGUCAUCGCCUGCACCCACGUGUCCUGCAACGUCUCCUGUGGCCCUGGCUUCGACCUCGUGGAGGCCCCUGGGCAGUGCUGCAAGAAGUGCGAGCAGACGCACUGUGUCAUGGACCUGCCCCAAGGCCAGCACAUCCUGAAGCCCGGCGACAUACAGAGCGACCCCAGCAACAACUGCACCUUCUUCAGCUGCAUGAAGAUCCACAACCAGCUCAUCUCGUCCAUCUCCAACAUCACCUGCCCGGACUUCGACCCCAGCACUUGCGUCCCGGGCUCCAUCACCCUCAUGCCCAACGGCUGCUGCAGGACCUGCAUCCCUCGCAAUGAGACCAGGACCUUCUGCUCCACCGUCCUUGUCACCAGGGAAAUCUCGUACGCCGGCUGCACCAAGCUGGUCACCAUGAAUGAUUGCUCUGGGUCCUGUGGAACAUUCGUCAUGUACUCUGAGGAGGCCCAGUCCCUGGACCACAGGUGCACCUGCUGCAAAGAGGAGAGAACCAGCCAGCGCGAGGUGGUCCUGACCUGCCCCGACGGCAGCUCGCUGGAGCACACCUACACCCACAUCGAGAGCUGCCUGUGCCAGGACACCGUCUGUGGCCUCCCGGAGGCCCGGCAGACCAGCCUCAGCCGUGCCCGGCGCUCCCUGCAGCGUGUGGGACGGAAGUGAGCGCGGCCGGGCGGCCCCGUCCCCGCUGACACGCUGAGCCUCCUCACCUGCACCGGCUUCUCUCUGUGGAUAUUUAUUUCUGAGUCUUUCUCAACCCUUUGCUUCCCGCAAUAAACCCGGCAGACAUGC